CUCUGUGUCUGCCUCUGGCUCGUCCCAUUGUUCAUCCUGUGCUGUGGGCACUGGAAAGAAACCAUACUUUCCAGAAUGAAUCUCUUCUGCUUUUCUCUGGAGGGCUCUAUGGACAGCCUGUACGAGGCCGUGCAGGAGUCCUGUGAGGCUCAAGUGUACACCAUCCCCAGCAGGUCCUGCAGCCCAGCUGUUCUCUCAGACGACGCCACCAAAUGGAGAAGUGCGGGCCGUUCCAUCUCCAUGGAAAUUUCACAAAUCAACUCAAAAAAGAAACAAAGUUCACUACCAAAAUCUGUUUCUGAAAAUGAAGCUUUGGAUAAUACGGUCUGCACUAAUUCUGUCUGGUCCAGUGCCAAAAUGCAGGAAGAUUUAGUCCUCCUGAGGAAGAAUCAGAAUGAAGAUAUGGUGAGAGCUAUAAGAAGGGCUGAAAGCCAGACAAUGGCAGACAGAAAGACCAUUUCAAGAAACAUACAGCAAGAGAUUCCUGUCCAGAUUGUCUAUUAUGAGGGGUGUAAUCCAAACCAAGAUCAGCUAAGAAGCAGACAGAAUGGCAUGCCUGAGACAGCAGUUGCAGAUGUGACACAGCUAAGAGGGACACGUAUGAAAAAAGUAGAGAGGAAAAGCAGUAAGAGAGGAACUUCAACACAAGAAACAACAUCUCACAUCAAAGGUGCCAAAGGAAUGAUGUGUGACACUGCUGGGGUGUCAAAGGUCACAGAGACAGCACCCGCCAGACAUCGCUGGAGUAACCCCACUGAAACAGCCUUAAACUGGGUACCAGCCAACAACACCUGUCUACCUCCCUGUAAUGAAUAUCGAGUUCACAUCUGUGACUGGACUACAUCCACAACUCCAAGUCAAGAAGAUAAAAUCAACAUUCGAAACUCGAAGAGAGACUCCUUCACCAAAGGAGUGUUGCGUUCUAGCACCAGUGUGGAUUUCUGUGCCUCCAAUCGAUCCACCAGUUUUGGAAGAUUUGACACAUUCAGAAAUCAACACUCCCCUUCCAGACUUGAGGAAAAUGGAGCACCUGGGGCAGAGAGUGAAUCAACAGCAGAAAACUGUGAGAAACCAGGAAGUUUGGGAAAAAAGAUGAAAGCCAUCUCGAUGACUAUGCGUAAACGGAUGGCCAAGAAACACGUCAAAUCCUACUCCGAGGACAUGGGUGAUGACACUGAGGGAGAAACAGAGAAUGGGUCUCCAGCAGAGAAGAGCUCAGACCAAACCAGCAACUCAUUAGAAAGCCUCUACAGUGGACAGAGCUCAUCCAGCUCAGGUGGUGUGGCUAGCAAUUCAGAUGUAUCCAGUAACAGACACAGCCUGAAAUUGGAAGAGGAAGUGCCCUACACGGGACAGUUCUGCGGGCGAGCUAAAGUACAUACAGACUUUGUCCCCAGUCCAUAUGAUACAGACUCCCUAAAACUGAAGGUGGGAGACAUCAUCAGCAUCAUAAGUAAACCACCUAUGGGCAUAUGGACUGGCAUGCUUAACAAAAAAGUGGGAAAUUUCAAGUUUAUUUAUGUGGAUGUUCUGCCUGAGAAAGAGAAGGAAGAAGAGGAGGAGGCCCCAAAAAUAAGACCUGUGAAAGUAUGCAAGAAGCCACGACCGAAUACACUCCUGGAGUUAUUAGAGAGACUUCAUUUAGAGGAAUAUGCAUCUUCAUUACUCCUCAAUGGCUACCAGACAGUAGAUGAUCUCAAACAUCUGAAAGAGAGGCAUUUGAUUGAGCUGAAUGUGACCGAUCCAGAACACAGACGCAGGUUGCUUGCUGCAUCAGACUGCCUCUAUGUCACAAGCAAAGACGAAGAGGGAGCGAUGAAGGGCAAUGAGGAGGAAGACGAAGAUAAUGACUGUCCCAGAGACUCGGGUUGUUUUAUUCCUGCAGAGUGUCCUGACAGCUGAGCUGACAGUUAUCCAAUGUCUCUCUCCUGAUAUCAUUUCAUGUUAAAGCUACAAACAGACCCAGAACUCUGUUAAUAUGUUUUCUUUUUUUGUGCUCGUCUUUCAUUUAGAUGUACUUGUGUUUUUUAUUUACACGUUCUUUGUUCAGCUUUGUGUUGAUGUUAACCUAUUUCUGUUACUGCAGAUGUUAUUUGAACUUUCAUGGCAACAUACUUGUGUGUGAGGAAUUUUUACAGCUUUUACAAAUGUUUAUGAUGACUGAAUUGUAUAUAAUAUUAUUAAAAAAUGUUAUUUAUUCUGAA